AUGCAGGAGGCAUGCGAUAUGGGAGGCUGCGGAAUAAAGUCCCGACCACGCCCGGUUAAACAUAAAAUCGAAAUGGAACCUGAUGUUAUAAAUGGUCAGCGGCCCCCGUACGUUAACAUUCUCCCAGAGAACAGGCCAAAUGUUCGCUGUUUGGAUUUCAAUGAGGUGACUCCAGACACUGAGUACAAUGGUCGGCUGUACAUUGCAGCGGCCAAUGAGGAUACGAUGGACUGGGUGGCGGGCAACGUAUGCUCCAUGGAGACAUAUCAGGCCACCAGUCUCAUAGACUUCCUACACCUGACACCGGCCAGAGUUACAUGGCCAAAGGUCGAGAAGUGUUUCCAAGCAAUUUUCGAGCUUCUGGAACAGCAAAAUGCUGAUAUUACGACGGAGAAGUGGGCCGUGGUGAGCCGCAAAGAUGCAGCCCCCAUAGUGACAGAUAUUUGUCCAAAUGAACAGCUUGAGAUCUGGAUGGAUGCAGAGAGUCCAUUGGUUACGAAGCUCCCAAUCUCAGCUACCGUAUACGAGCUAAAGGCUGAGCUUCAGAGCCUUCUCAAUAUUGAGCCGGAAACAUUGGAGAUUUCUGCAUCUGAUUCGAUAAUUCGGUGUCAGACUCAAGUAUCGAAGAUAGUGAAUCUUCCGUCAUUGAGCUAUCCUCGGGAUCUAGUGGCGGAUCCGUCCAGCCAUCCACUAUUGAUUGCAAGCGAGGUAUUAAACGAAAAGCCCAAGGAACCUGAUGUUAUAAAUGGUCAGCGGCCCCCGUACGUUAACAUUCUCCCAGAGAACAGGCCGUUUGUCGUGGUUAUAUCUUCCUCAGAAUGUGAGAAAAACUUUUGUGACCUGUUGGAAGAGUUCUUUGGAAUUUUUAAGGAUUUCAGAAAUGUUCGCUGUUUGGAUUUCAAUGAGGUGACUCCAGACACUGAGUACAAUGGGCGGCUGUACAUUGCAGCGGCCAAUGAGGAUACGAUGGACUGGGUGGCGGGCAACGUAUGCUCCAUGGAGACAUAUCAGGCCACCAGUCUCAUAGACUUUCUACACCUGACACCGGCCAGAGUUACAUGGCCAAAGGUCGAGAAGUGUUGCCAAGCAAUUUUCGAGCUUCUGGAACAGCAGAAUGCUAAUAUUACGACGGAUAAGUGGGCUGUGGUGAGCCGCGAAGAUGCACCCCCCAUAGUGACAGAUAUUUGUCCAAAUGAACAGCUUGAGAUCUGGAUGGAUGCAGAUAGUGUGGACACCAUCAAGGAAAGAUGCAACAGCCUCAAAUUUUGUUUUUGGGUUAUCAAAUUUGAGUUUUGCGAAUAG